AUGAAGGUCUCCACAGCUUACUGUCUUCUCGCCAUGAUCACCUCGGCACUCGCUGGUGGGAUCCUCCCCUUCGUCGGAGUGCCAGAGGACGGAGCGCCCGACGUUGUGCCCGUCUGGCCCAGGAGCGCUCAAGCUGACACCUGGGCGGCGCGCAGGAUGGCACGCGGUGAUCAGCUCAGCAACGCGGAACGAAUGAAGCGCAAUCUCCCACUCAACAAGCCAGCCCGCCGGACGGCUGCAAAGCGCCUUGACAACGCCCCGGGUCAGGCCAUACCCGACCCACGGCCCAGCGACCGCACAUUCGUUUAUAACUUCAACGGCUGCAGCAACGGCGGCGGCAACUUCCUCAAAUCGUACAGCAACAUUGCCUUCAACACACAGGACGCUGCAAACAAUUGCGCCACCAUGCAGAACAAGGAUACAGGGGGCGGCGGCGGCCAGUUUGUUAUCAUACCGUCUUUCUCGGGAGGUUCGGGGUAUGACUGCUAUACAGGUACCGGUGCCGGGAUAGAUGCUUGUGACUCCGUCAAUUACGCAGUAUACUCAUCCUAG